ACAGACGACUUCCUGUGUUUAACAUGUGUGAACCAUGAAAGUCAAACACAACCUUCAUUCAUUUUAAACGUGUGUUUAUUGUCGUACACAAGUUGUGCAAUCUUCGAUGUAGCUCCUUAUUUAGUUUAUUGUUUACCAAAAGACUUCAUUUUCCAAAAUGCCGUUCUUGAAAGGAAGGGCUGCCAUGCGGCGCACGAUGCGAUACCUGGAGUCGAAACCGUUGUUUCUGAAGGAUGAAGUGAGGGUCUUGACUGUGCACUAUAACAACGGACAGCCUGCAAGCAAAGGCGCAUAUGAUUUUGUAUUUUGGCAUCUACCACAACUGCAGUAUUGUAAUCCCCGUGUUCAGAUAGUCACCUUUAAGAACCUGACACCAUCACCAUUCUUUCAGUUUUACUUCGGAAACGGAGAAAAGAUGUUAGUGGACCUAGAUUCUGUGCCCCGUGAUGCUAUAAUGAGCCACCUGCAAAAUACCAUAUGUAAAUCAAGUGCUAUUAUGGCGAAAGCAUGGAAGGAGUUGCAAGCGAAAGACAACCAAGCUAACUUUGGCUACUCGUGUUCACGCUGGUGUAUCUGUGAGAUGCCUGGUCAGGUUCCCUGCUCCGGCGUAGUAGAGCUCCCAAAAGAAAUGCGUGGCAAGUACAGGGUUUCGAAGAAGGAGGAAAAGGAGCUGUAGGAUCAACACGAGAAAUGAUGUGGAAGAUGUGUUUUAAUUUUCAAUGAUUUUGUAUUCCAUGAGGAAGAACGUAGUCAUGUGGGUUAUUGGAUGUGAAGAUUCUUGACUGAUGCGACAGCUGUAUUUGAAUUUUAGAGAUAUUGACAUUAUUGUUGCAGUACUGUGACCGUCAAUCAGAUAUUGUGUUAUGCAAGUGUUCCAUUUACCUGAACUUUAACAAUACAUCAAUCGACUGAAAUAUUGUGCUAUUUCUUCAUAUUUGAAUAUUGUGAUACAAGAUACUAUCAAAAGCAUCAUAUUACUAUUGAUAUACAUAAACUUAAAACUACUAGCAAGUAUGCGAGUGACAGAAACUCUACUAGUACUGAUGAUAAAAAAAUGUUCUUGGAUUAAAUUCGCGGAGAAAGAUAAACACAUGUACAUCAGGAUACCUAUUUCAUAGAGUUAGUGUAUUACCCCGGUUUUAGUAGAUCCCUAUAUAAUCUCUCGCUCAUAGACAGAGCAACGAUCAUCAAGAGGUAAAUUGUUACUUGUUUGAAAUAUUCCCAAUAGCUGUCAAAUGCAUGUUUUUUUGUAUGUGUGUUUUCACCACAUUUCAUAGUUCGAAACUGGGAAUUAUUUGACAGUAACUUACAUUGCCCUUUGUAAUAAUAUUAUUAUUGGACCUUGUAAACACGAUAACUUGAAUAAAUGUUGAUGGAGUUCAAUGAAACUUUGUCCGGUAAAUAUUUGACGGUAACCUGCAGACUUAUUGCGCUUUGUCGUUAUAUUAUUAUUUGUCCCUGUGAUGUUGAUUGACAUUACAAAAGAAUAGAUGUAAAUUCAUGUGGUACACCUUUCUUUUCCUUCAUGACACAUUUUUGCUACUAACAAGGUGCUAUUAAAAUUUUGUGCCUUAUUUAAUAAAUCAU